UUAAUAAAGAUGUAUUGAUUUUAUUUAUAUGAAUUAAUACCUAAACAAAAAGUUAAACAAAAUAAUCAGACUCUGUGAAGGGGUGCCAAUAAUUCUGCUACACCAUUUCACUAUGACACAAACACGCUCUAAACAAAAUAAUAAAAGUGAAUUAUUAUUGUCGGAUAAAGCGGUAGAAAAUGAGUGAUGAAUUAUUAUUGGCUUCUUGUCAGCGGCUCGGUUCGGUCACGUGGUUCGGUGCGGCUUCACCUGCGCCCCCGGUACCGUCUACAGCGCAACAACCCUCGCAUGCGCACUGAGGGCACGGGGAAAGAUUCUACCCCUCACUCAGUUCACCGUGUCGCAGGUUGCGCUCGUGCGCGGUGCGGAGAACAGACCGAGGAGAAGGAGAAGGGUGAUGAUGAUGAUGAUGAUGAUGAAGACGAUGAUGGCGGCGCGGUGUAGAGAAUGAAGGAUGGUGGCGGUGGUGUCGCACCACACACACAUGGCCAGAUCAACCAAACGGAGCUCCGGGGGAGAGUUGGAGACGCGGGUCUUGUCACUGGAGGAGGUUCUGCGCUCCUACGACCAGCCGCUGAAUGAGGAACAGGCCUGGGCCGUGUGUUACCAGUGCUGCCGGGGGGCGGAGCGGCAUCGGUACCGGUACCGCGCUAAGGGACCCGAAUCCAUCUUACUGCACUGGGACGGUACCGUCACUCUGCGCCCCGACACGCGCACCUGCACCGGUUUCUGGGAGAUGGUAAAGUUUGUCUGGAUUCAGUACGUCAGUGUGUUGCUCAUCUUCCUCUGGAUCUUCCAACGUGUCCAAACCUUCAUCUUCCUCAACCGUGUGCUGCCUACUGUACCUAUCUCAGUGCACAAACCUCACUUCUCCUGACAUGUGUGUGUGUGUGGGGGUGUGUGUGUGUGUGUGUGUGUGUGUAAAGGAGAAUGAUGUGUAUAGUUUUCUAUAAAAUCGUCACUGUAGUUUUACAAGUGUGUGUAUGAUGAUUUUUUACCUCAGAGAAUAAAACUCUUUGUUCAGAA